AUGGACCUAUCAACAGGCGCCUGCGGCGGAGCAGGAGGGCCCGGCGCACAACCCCAGUUCAACUCAGGGUCCACACAUCUGGACCUCGCAGCGCUGACGAUUGCCGACGAGCAGCCUCCGGCGGCGGCAGUCACCGUCGAGCACGUCCUCCUCUUCGACUUUGAGGGCACGUGCGACGCGUCGGACGCCGGCCUCAGCCGCCUCCAGCAGUGCGCGCUGCACGAGAUCAUCGAGUUCCCGGCGCUGUGGCUCGACGCGCACACCGGCGCCGUCCGUGGCACCUUCCACGAGUACGUGCGCCCGACAGAGGGCGCCGACGGCGACGGCGCGGCGCGGCCGCUGUCGACGUUUUGCACAAACCUCACCGGCAUCACGCAGGAGCAGGUCGACUCCGCCUCACCACUCGCGGAGGUGGUCUCGCGCUUCCUUCAGUGGGUGGCGUCGUGCGGCCUGACGGAGGCUCUGGCAGACGGGAGCGCGCUGCUCAUCGCGCACGGCGGCUGGGACCUCGGCGACCAGCUGCCGAUUGAGGCGGCGCGCAAGCAGCUGGCGCUGCCCGCCUGGCUUGGCUCGCGCACGUACAGCGACCUGAAGGUGCUCUUUGCGCUCGAGUACUCUGGCGCCAGCAGCACCUCGCUGCGCGGCAUGCUGCAGGCGCUCGGCCUCGAGCCCGAGGGGCGGGCCCACUCCGGGAUCGACGACUGCAGGAACCUGGCGCGCGUGGUCGAGGCCGACCACACGGCGACCGCCACAAUACACAAAAACCCAGCGCGCACGCAGGACAGACAGGCGAGGCAAUGA